UGCCCUGCGCCUGCAAGAGGGCGCAGCCCAGAGGGGCGUGGCAGCACAUGCAAAUCACGAGGCGGGGGCGGGACCAGCCCUUUGAGGUCUGCCGGGGAAAGAGGCGGUGUUUCACAUGCAAAUCUUUAGACAGGGCGGAGUCAGACUUAAUAAGGACCCAGAAGGCGCGUGGCCGCACUGUUAAAUGAUUAGCUGGGACUGAAGCCAGGCUUGCUGGGAGGGCGGUAAAUCAUUUAGACAGAGGGUGGGACCACACUUGUAAACUGCUACUCCAUGGAGGGGCGGGGACAGGAUCCCCUAGGACACUGGUGGAGGGCGAGGCGCUUGGGCGGAAGUCAGAGUCCAUGAGCGCGGGUGGGCGUGCCUCCCGGGCCAGGGUGUGGUCAGAGCGACCGAGGGCAACGCCACAAUCCGGUCACCGCCCCGGUGUCUAUGGAAGAGGUAGGACAGCCUGAGUCGCCCCCUGAGGCCCCCACCAUGGAGCCCCCUCCGCCACAGGCCUGCCGCUUCUUCCUGGAAGGCCGCUGCCGCUUUGGCGGCCGCUGUCGCCAGCCCCACCCCGGGGCCACGGCCCCCGCGAGGCCUGGCUGCGGGGCGGAGGCGGGGGCCGGGACCAAAAAGCCUCCGCUGCGCACUGCCGCGGCCGUCAUCCAGCGCAUCCGCUGGGACCCGCGCCUAGACCCUGCUGACUUCUCGGUGGGCUACGCCGACCGCUUCCUGGGCGUGCUGGAGGAGCCCUUCAGCUCCUUCUGCUGGGACGAGCCGCUGGCGGCGCUGGGUCCCGGCUCGCUGGCCGUGCCGCAGCACCGCGUGCGGUACUUCCGCUUCCGCGGCCGCAUCGUGUGGGACCGCGCCUCGCGCACUGAUCACGUCUUUGGCUCUGGCUCGGUGGAGGGCCGCGGGCCCACCAUCCUGGACGCACUGGACAGCGGGGACGGGGACGACGUGCUUGGGGAUGGAGAGGCACAUGAGGCCGGAGAUGUGCACAGUGAUGAGGACUCGCACCAGGCCGGAAAUGCACACUGCAGCAGGGACCUGCUCGGGGACGGAAGUGUGCAGGAUGACGACGACGAGCUGAGAACCGGGGAAGAGCAUGAGGUCGAUGCGCCUGGGACCAGGAAUGCACAGGACUGUGUAACUGCCCCCCGUGCUGACGCUGCCCCAGCAGAAGGGUGCAGAGAGCCGGCCGGGACAGGCCACAUAGAGGGGAGCCUGGUGCUGGCAGGGGCGUCUAUGGAUGAUGCCCAGAAGCUGGUUGGAGCCAGAAGCCAGGCUUCGCCACGGAUGGAGCCCAAAAGGGCGGGGAAGCCAGAUGCCAAAGACAAAACCGGAGAGGAGCAGCCCCCCACAGAAGACCUCCUCCAGAUGAAGGAGAGGUGUCAAGUGGAGUGGGGUCCUGGGACCUGGUCCAAAGACAGCAGAGAGGCCACAGUGGCCAGGGCCCUGGCCCCUCGGCAGCCUCGCCCCACGCACUUUGUGGCCCUCAUGGUGACAGACCCCGGGCUGCAGGCAGGGGUGGCCGAGGCCCAGGAAGAACUGGUCCGAAGGACACCAUCCUGUGCUGCUUUCAUGAUUCCCCCCCAGGCCCUGCACGUGACACUGGCCCUGCUGAGGCUGGCGGGCCCGGGGGACACCGCAGUCGCUGUCAGGGCACUCAGGCGUGCGCUCUCAGCCCCGGGACUUCAGGCACCCCCGCAGCUGAGGUUCAGGCAGCCAGUGCUCCUGGGCUCCCAUGUGCUCUGUGCUCUGCCCUCCCCCUCCCUAGAAAACAUGGCCCAAGUGCUGAGCCAGAGGCUGGAGGCGGAGGGGCUCAGAGUGCUACAGCCCCCUGGGGGCCUACACCCCCACCUCACGCUGGCCAAGGUACCCCGGGGCUCCCAGGACCACCUCCCCACACCGGGGUUCAGCCCAGGGCAGGAGCUGGGGAGCCAACUCCUGAGCCAACUCUGGCUGUGCUGCAUGGGGAGGGCAGGGGGCACCUACCAACCCCUGGCUGAGGUGCCCCUGCGGUGACAGUCCCAGACCUCUUGGGCUGACGAGCCCCAAACACCGGGAGGAGAUCCAGUCCCAGCAGGAGAGACAAAGCAUGCUCUCUCUCUCUCUCUCUCUCUUUAAUUUUGGUUUUGCUCAAGCUUCCAAACGUGCUCAGUGCUCCAAGGAAAGAAUGAAGGAGAGGAAGGGGAGGGGAGAGGAAGGGGAGGGAGCAGAGGAGGAGCAUCUGGGAGAAAAGCAGCCUGACAGUCCAGCUGUUUGCAACUCACUGCGCGUCCUCCAGUUACAUGGCAGAAGAGGGAGGGAGGGUGAAAAGAAAAGGGGAGGAAGAGGGAAAAUAACUUAAAUAAACACACACAAAAAGAAAAGAAGGAAACAUGA